CCGCGGAUCCAGCCCCGCCGCCUGCCCGUCCCCACGUGGAUCCCGGGUCGCAGGCUCCUUGGAGCGAUCGCGCGGCGGCUGUGCCCGGCAUGAACCGCUACCUGGUGCCCGUGUCCGUGCUGGGCACGGCGGUGGGCGGCGCCGUGCUGCUCCGGGACUAUGUCGCGGGCGGGGCCUGCCCCAGCAAGGCCACCCUUCAGGGCAAGACCGUCAUCAUCACGGGCGCCAACACGGGCAUCGGGCGGGAGACCGCCUUGGAGCUGGCCAGGAGAGGCGGGAACGUCAUCCUGGCCUGCCGGGACAUGGAGAAGUGCGAGGCGGCGGCCAGGGAGAUCCGCGGGGAGACCCUGAACCACCGCGUCAACGCCCGGCACCUGGACUUGGCCUCGCUGAAGUCCGUCCGGGAGUUCGCCAAGAAGAUCACUGAGGAGGAAGAGAAGGUGCACGUGCUCAUCAACAACGCGGCCGUGAUGCGCUGCCCGCACUGGACCACGGAGGACGGCUUCGAGAUGCAGCUGGGCGUGAACCACCUGGGCCACUUCCUCCUGACAAACUUACUGCUGGACAAGCUGAAGGCCUCGGCCCCCUCGCGGAUCAUCAACCUCUCGUCCUUGGCCCACGUGGCUGGGCACAUCGACUUCGAUGACCUGAACUGGGAGAAGAGGAAGUACAAUACGAAGGCAGCCUACUGCCAGAGCAAGCUGGCCAUCGUCCUCUUCACCAGGGAGCUGAGCCGCAGGCUGCAAGGCACGGGCGUGACGGUGAACGCGCUGCACCCCGGCGUGGCCCGGACGGAGCUGGGCCGGCACACGGGCAUGCACAGCUCCGCCUUCUCCAGCUUCACGCUCGGGCCCAUCUUCUGGCUGCUGGUGAAGAGCCCCCAGCUGGCGGCGCAGACCAGCACCUACCUGGCCGUGGCCGAGGACCUGGAGGGCGUCUCCGGGAAGUACUUCGACGGACUCCGGGAGAAGGCGCCGGCCCCCGAGGCUGAGGAUGACGAGGUGGCCCGGCGGCUCUGGGCGGAGAGCGCCCGCCUGGUGGGCUUGAAGGUGUCGUAGGGGGUCCCCUCCCACAUCCCCCCAAAAUACCUGGGAGCAGGUGUGAAACAAACCAUCAGGAUGGAGCCGCAGGGCCAAGGCUGGCUGCCGUGCCCACGCCAGCCGCUAGGUGGCAGCAUUGGACAAGCCGUCAAAUGAAGGACCCUGCCUGCCUGCCGUACCCGCAGCGGCCGCUAGAUGGCAGCAUGGACCGAGGAAUGCUGGCUGCCAUGCUCACAUCGCCCUCUAGAUGGCAGCAUCGGCCUUUCCAUGCUCCCUCUGGCUUCUGGCCGCUGUGGCCUGGGCUGCAGGUGCGCGCACCUGAGCCAGGGCCUGCCGCAGGUGAGCCAGGCCACCGGCCUAAACUGGGAACCUAAACUGGGAGCUGCUGGGGAAGGAGCCAGCGCCCCCUGACACCUGGGCCACGGUGGGGGGCAGGGUGUCUGAUCCAGUUCACCGUCCCCCGUGGGACCUUGCACGCCGCUGGGAUCCUCUCUGAGCCUCAGUUUCCCCAACUGGAAAGGGUGCAGAAGGCCCGGACUACCUCACAGGAUGGCGUGCUGAGCGUUUCCUGCCAGGGAGAGUUUCCUGAGGGCCCUGGCCAGGUGUGGGGGACGGAGGGGUCGUAGUGGGGGGCGGGGGGCUGUACCCCGAGACCAGGCUGGCACACACCUGGCCCGUUAUCCCCAAGUCUCACCCCCCCCCCCUGGACAGGUGAGCAACGCGCCAGCUGCUGCAGCUGGGGGCCCAGGCGGCCUGGGGUCACGGCCUUCCCUUGCCCCGUGGACUCUCAAACUUGCUCUUUAAUAAAAAAUAAUAGAAAUCCAGCCGACUCACAGGCUUCACUUCCUCCCUGCAUGUGGGGAAGUCCCCACCGGCUCAUGUAUUUCUUCCUUUUUUUUUUUUUAGAUCUUACUCUUCACAUUCUAGGUUUCUUUUUCUUAUUUAUUUUUAACCCUUGGUAAAAAUGUAUCCAAGAAACAGGAUACACAUACAUUUA